AUGGCCAAUGAUCGAAAUAGGCGCCACCAUAAGGCAAGGAAACAAUAUCGUGAUUUUCUAAGUGGAGCCACGGAAAACAAGCAGAGGCAUCUCGAGGUACAGCAGUACAAGCUGACAGUGCAAUACGUCAAGGGGAAGGCCAACGCCGUUGCUGAUGCACUGUCAAGGAGUGUACCGGUCGAUGGAGAAAUGGAGGAGGCGGUGAACCCUGGCGAAGAUAAAAUUGUGUGCAUGAUGAACGAAGGACGCGGACGUGCUGGUUGGGUCCAAACGCAAGCGGCAUGA